AAAAAAAGGAAGGAAAGGGGGAAGCAGAAAAUGGGGGGGAGGGUCAGCACAUGGGACAGAAAGGAUAUGACAUCACAAAGCCCACUGGCUCAAAGCAGUUAGGAGCACUGUUUAUCUGUUUGGGAAGUGAAAGGUGAAACUUCCCCUUAGAGACCUGUCCAUGCCUUCUUCACUGGUUCUCCCAAACCCACAUUAGUCCUAAUUCCGCCAUUCCUAAUUCCCAAAAGAGUGAAGACAGGACUCAUGAACAUGGAAGACUCUGAAGAAAGCCCAACAGAGAAGCAAAGCCUGGUUCAAGGCACCUCAGUCACAUUGAAUAGUGACACUGGUACAGAUAAAGUUCUUGCCUCACUAGAGGGCAAGAGGAAGCGGAAAGGGUACUUGCCAACUGAAUCAGUGAAGAUUCUCCGUGACUGGCUGUAUGAACACCGGUUUAAGGCCUACCCUUCAGAAGCAGAGAAGCGAAUGCUGUCUGAGCAGACUAAUUUGUCUUUCCUACAGGUCUCAAACUGGUUUAUCAAUGCCCGCAGACGUGUUCUUCCAGAAAUGCUUCAACAGGAUGGAAACGACCCCAAUCAGAUCACCAUGUACCACCAAAAAGGCAAGUCUGCUGAUAUGACCCAUAAGCAGAACACAGAUUCAUCUAUACAGGCAAGGUCAGGGCCCAGAGAUCCAGACAAGAUGCAGUGGCUGCCCCUGAGCAUCCCUGUAAUGGACCAGCCAUUGGAGGAGAAGCUGCUGGAUCCAGAGUUGUCUACAGGCCAGAAGCUCACCCCAAAGGCCCAGCCAAAAAAAAAGGUCAAGAUUUCUACUAAUGAGCCUGUGCUUAUGUCAUCUUCCAAACCUGUGUUAACAGAAGAGUACAAUGACUUCAGUAGCUUCCAGCUGCUGGUCGAUGCAGCCGUGCAAAAGGCUGCAGAACUGGAGUUACAGAAGAAGCAAGAAUCCAAUCCAUGA